AUGCAUACCGGUACGGGCAGCAGAGCCAGUAAGAGUGUUUCCUUUUCCAGCAGUGACGAUGAAGACGACGACGAAGAUGACGAAGAAGCAGGAAAGGAUUCCACUCGUGGCAACGUUCACAACCGAAGACGGGAUAGCAGCUUCGUUCAAGGAGACAUGUCCAUGGCGCAUUCCCGGGCCAGUCGACACAGCAAGAAUCGCAGAAACAAACGAAGUUCCACCGUCGUCAUUGGAGAAGACGGAAACGUCAAGGACGAUAUGCUAGAACAGCAUCUAUCUGAAGAUACAUUCGGAUUCUUACUCGCCACUCCCGUCAGCAGUGCACCCUUUUACAUGGGAAUCGGAGUCCUACUCUUUCAGGUCGCCAUUUACGUACUCAUGGUCAUGAACUUACUAGACGUCGAUCAGGCGUCCGAAAAUCUGUUUGGAGUUCCCGCAAAUGUCAACUGGCCCGUAUGGAUCGCACAGAUUAUUGCCAUUAUCAUUGCCGUCAUUACACAAGACGACAUUAGAACCGGACUCGACAUGCUGCGAGAAGGAUACGGAGCCGAGAUGCAAGUGGCAUUUCCACACUCCAAUCGAUGGAAAUUCGUAUUAUCCGUAUUUGCAAGAAUGCUGGGAGGGUCACUCGGAUUGAUCACGAACUUUUUACUCAUUGUCACAAGUUCAACCGUCAUUGACUUGCUACUCAACUUUACAGCAUUGGCAUUUGUCGGACAACUCGAUGAAGCUGCGUUCUUUCUAUCCAAACAAGGAUUUGCUGGAGAAACUUGUUUGGAUCAUGCCACCAAAAUAAGAUGGGUUUUGGUACGGUUCAAGCAAACUGGAGGAGAAUACCUCUGUGGAACCAUCAUUGUGCAAAUGGGAGACGAACUUCGACCGGAAAUGGGAACCUUUUCCGGUUUAUACGACUUGACCAACGCCGAUGGAUUGAUAUUCUCCAGUCGACACGUACAGUACACGGAUCGUGCCGCCGGUGGAACGCGAUUCGUCUACUGUGCCGAUAAUGGAUACUGGGUACUACAAUGGAAAUCUUCCCUCGAUGGACAAUUCCCUACCAGCACGUGCCAGGAUUACUAUGCGCGAUCGUCCAAAACAUCCGAGUUUGACUUGACCAAAGUCGUCGAUAUACAGUGGUAUGUACGAGAUGAAUUCAAACGAGAAACCGUCCUAGAGCCAUUCUUUUUGCAUUGCUUUGAUUGCGGGCACACAUACAAUGCCGACACGGGAGAUCACUGCAGUGGCCGGGGAACAUGCUCCAACGCUGUAUGUUCCUGCGAUCAAGGAUGGUACGGACUACGCUGCGAAUUCUUGCAGCCAUGUCCCAAACUACAGCUUGAUGCUCGAGUUUCGGGGUCUUUUUUGAAAAACAACGAAAUUGCGCUACACUUGGAAGGCGGACUCGAUAUACUCAUGGACAAAUCGCAGAACCCCCCACGACUCAUUGAAGCCUACAACAAACCAGUCUUUGCCGGACAUUUGCUACAUGGUCAUCAUUUGCUCGUCUUUUACACGGGUAGACGAUGGGUCUCAACGCACACUGGACUGAUAUCACCAAGUGCAAACUGGACACAAUUCAACUCGAAGGAGACUGCACUGCAGGAACUGAUCAAGUUCUUUGAUAACUUCCAUGGACACUGGACAAAUUACGCUGUGGAAUUCAUCUCCGAACCAAUGGAUAUUGCAACUCCAGCCGAUGCCCCUCAGCCCAUUGGAAUACUCUUCUACGAAGCCAUCACGAAAUCAAGUAUCAACCAAACAGAAAUUCAGGCUCCCAACGAAGCCCGUCCCACAGAAGCACGGAUGGUUUGUGGCUACUGCAACGAUGAUUUCAACCCUUGCCAUUUCGAUGGAGUUUGUGUCCAAGGAACAUGCUCCUGUGCCAUUGGAGCUCAUGGAUCGCUUUGCGAAAAGUCACCGGUUGCUAACGGACGCUGCGACCAAAACUAUAAUAUUCCGUACUUUGAAUUUGAUGGCGGGGAUUGUUGCGAAGCUACCUGCAUCAGCUCGCAUGAGUUUACCUGUGGCGAAGAACUAAAUGGGCACACGAACCAGGGAUAUCCUAACUGCAACCUGCCACCCGACCGGUGGCAAUUACUCCAUGACAACCACAUUGUGGGCGAUCCUUUGUCGUUGGCAGGCUAUGCCGUCGCGACUUCUCAGGCUGGAACGUUGCUGGCAAUGGGAGAACCGGAACAGUCUCGCGUAAGAAUUUACGACAAGGACGGGUCCAUUUGGGUAGAACGAGAAGUACUGGAUGGUCUUCCAGACUCUCACUUUGGAAUAUCUUUGGACCUGUCUGGAGGACCAGUACAUUGGAGGAAUAAUCCUGGGUUUCGCUCCCCGCUCCUCUUGAUGAUUGGAGUCGCAAAGAAGGGGGGUCCAAAGCGCGUGGAUGUAUUCAAGUGUGGAGUUGACGUAAAGUGUAAAAAAGUGGAUGAGAUCAUGAAUGUCCAUGGGAAGAUUGGACCAGAGGCCUAUUCCAUGUCCAAUAAUGGAAGAGUCGUCGCCUACGGAUUGGCCGAGCCAGCCUCUGUGGUGGUCUACGAAGUCUCCGGGGACUACUACGAAGGCAACCGCACCGCUCGCGCUGUACCCGAGGAAAUCUCUGCCACCGCAUCGGCCGUCAAUGGAACAUCAAUAUCCGUGCGACUGCCCCUCCCCAGCCAAGCCACUGCCGCGGUCACGGCUUUGAAACUCUCCGAGCAUGGUGAUAUAAUGGCUGUGUUUCUGGAAAACCCAUCUCGGCGAAGGAAUGUGCUUCGAGUGUACGAAUGGGAUGGCAAGAUCUAUCAACCGAAGGGAGGUAUUGUCAUGGAAACAAAUGCUGAAGUCCUUCAACGGCAACUGGCUCUUUCAGAUGACGGAUCUACCAUUGCGAUCGGUAUUUCAGAGUGUCCAUCCCUUGACAUUCUCUUGUAUACGUGGGAUGAAUCGUCUUCUACUUGGAUGCGGCGAAUCUCUCCUCCUCUUGACAACGAGGUGUGCGACAACGAUUUCCUGCCGUGGUCAGUCGCAUUGAGCCAGGAUGGUUUGACAAUUGCCGCGUCUGCCUAUCCCAACACUGAUGUUGUCACCACCUUUCGGUGGAUAACCAAUGGCUGGCGCAUCGAGGGAGAUCCCCUUCCAGGAAAUCUACCUGGAUCGCACACAUCAAUUGCCUUGUCAGCAGAUGGAUCGCAUCUGGUGGUUGGUCUGCCUUAUUCAGCUACCAUGGAAGCCGGUAGCAUUGAUACCUACUCCCUUCCCACGACCUUGUGCCCUGCUGGUCAUUCACACCACUUCCGUCUGUCGUUAACCACUGAUUACUCUCCUCAGAACACUUUGUGGGAGCUGGAAGACAAGAGCAGUGGAGAAAUCCAGCUGACAGGCGGGCCGUAUCCUUUCAUCGUAGCAACUCUAGUGGAAGAGGUCUGUCUCGACCGCCAGAUUUGCCAUGCCUUUACCAUUUACAAUACCGCGAGCAACGCAGGCUUGGAGGCGCCUGGCAGAUACGACUUGUUCCUCGACGGCGAAGAUUUGGAUCGUGAAAGCUUCUCCGGGCACGCCAAGCGUAUAUUCUUUGGCAGUGAGUGCAUGACUUGUUCCGAUGGCACUAGGAUGCUGCGGAUGAUGGUUCGUACAUGCCAUCAAGCAGAGUGGAAGUUGACGGAUGAAUCAGGUUCGGAAGUUGUGGGCGGUUCGACAGCCAACGACCACAGCUGUUCGGGCCCGGAUAGCGUUGAUGGAUACUUCUGGGAGGACACUUGUAUUGACGUGACAAAAUGUUUCACUUUCACUGCGACCGAUACAUCGAAUGCUGACCAAGGCAGCGUUGGUUUCGACUACAUUCUCAUGUACGAUGACGACGUUGUGUUCGCCUCCAACAAGGGCAUCACGUCGUCUGCUACGGUUACUGCCGGGAGCUGUCAAGUGCUAUAG